AUGAUUGGAACUUCACUUGCCGAAUGGAUAUUCAUCCGUCUCUCUGUCGCCUGCUUUCGCUACGCGCCGCUACUUUAUAUCGGCAUCUUUCUGGUCAUCAGAUUUUUGUUUUGUGAUUCCCAGCUUCUAGGAUGGCCAUAUCUUCUGCUAUGCAGUCUCCUAGCCGCCGAGGCGUUGUUUUACAUCACAGUUCAGCGCCCCUACGCGCGGAGGUUGGGCCAAGCAGCGGUGCAUCCAGAGCCGCUUUCUUCUCAGCAGCGACGUAUCCUGUUCGACCGAUGCAUUUCCAACGUGCCUGAUCACCAGCUCUACCUGCGGUGGUGGUUCCUCGGCGCCAGUAUUGACGACAUUUGCAGAGACAACCUGCGCGAGUUUCUCCUGUGGGCAUUCUUCGACGCGACGGAGCAAGACGUUAGACAUGACGACUCGAUCCAGCAGGAACUGGACGAGUACAUUGACAUCAUCGAAGGCCAACUCGGUCGUCGGCUGAGCCUCGGCCGCGGUGAGGCCAAGUGCCUACGUCUCACGCUCGACGGCAUCACAUCUACCUACCGAGGCCUCCUGUGGUACUCCAUCGUCUUCCUUGUUGACCAGCUCACCCACUUGGCCAUGCUCUCGCAUGGCUUCCAGUUUUACGCCCGGUCUCCAAGCGUUGCUCUGAGGACGAUCCCUCCAAGGCCGCAAGAGCUUAUCGCCCUGCGUCGAUCGCCCGUUUCAGACCUGAGCUACUGGUAUUAUCCACACUGCCGCACAAACGGAGAGCUUCCCAUCGUCUUCUUCCAUGGGAUCGGCAUCGGUCUCUGGACAUAUAUCCGCUUCGUAGCCGACUUGCGCGCGGCCAAGACUCGGGGUGUCAUUGCCAUCGAGCUGCUUCCCAUCUCCUUCCGUCUCACAGCACCGCCGCCCGACAAGUUGCGGUUCCUGCUUCAGAUGGUCACAAUUCUCGGUCACCAUCAGGGAUGGGAUAAGUUUGCGAUAGCGUCUCAUUCAUACGGUUCCGUUCUGGCCACCCACAUGCUCAGGUCGCCAGCUCUGGGCCACCGCGUAGCUUCCAUUGUUCUCAUCGAUCCCGUCACGAUCAUGCUGCACCUGCCCAGCGUCGCUUACAAUUUUACCCGCAGGUAUCCCAGCAAGGCAAACGAGUGGCAGUUGUGGUACUUUGCCAGCACAGACCCCGGUGUUGCGCAUUGUCUCGGUCGCCACUUCUUUUGGCGCGAGAACAUUAUAUGGAAAGACGAGCUGGUAUCCUCCGGGAGAAGAGCGGCCGUUUGUCUGGCUGGAAGGGAUCUCAUCGUUGACGUCGCUGAGGUUCUGCAGUACCUGAAGUCCAACGACCAGGAUUCGACCAUUGAGGUGCUCGUCUUCCCGCAUCUCGACCACGCUCAAAUAUUUGACGAUCCCUCGGCUCGCAGGCGUGCCCUUGACCUGGUAAGCUCGCACUGCAACAGUGGGGCGUGA